AUGGUUCCCAUGAAAGACAAUAGAAACACGGAGUUGGUGGAAAUGCAUGUUCGUUUGGGUUUCCAGGAUCUAAACGGACUAUUUCAGAGUGAAUGCAGAAAUGAGAAUACGAGUUUCCACAGAUCAUUAUCUUCUAUCCUUAUCUUCAUCUGCCUCUCAACUCUGUCAACCAAU